AUGGCUGAACGGACCGAACAUGACUACAGCGACAGAUCUAGCACCGAAGAUACUAGGUCGCAAGUUGGCGGCAAUACCCGCGAUAUAAUUGGAAAUGGCCAUGAUGAUAUCGAAAAUGACAAUGCGGAGCCAAUCGCAUCACUCGAGAAGCAAAGUACCGCAGCAUCAGGACGUUCGGUCUUUGAGCAGCGCGCUCAGUCAGUAGUCUCGCGCAUCAGAAGUCGAGAUCCAGGCCAGAUCGCAAAGUUCACACACCCUCUUACGCAUACAAAAACCAGCCCAGACAUGAUUGUCGACUUUGAAGGGCCGGAUGACCCUUACAGACCCUUGAAUUGGCCGUUCAGGAAGAAGGCGAUUACGACUGUUCUGUAUGGAAUGACAACCAUGGGUGCGACAUGGGCGAGUUCAAUCUACUCGACGGGCACAGAUGAGAUUGCGAAAGAGUUUGGGGUAUCGACUGAGGUGUCCACAUUAGGAACAUCAUUGCUGCUGUUUGGCUUGGGACUUGGUCCGUUAAUCUGGGCACCCCUUUCAGAGGUUUAUGGAAGAAAGCCCGCUGUAUUGGCGCCAUAUUUCAUUGCAGCCAUUAUGUCAUUUGGCACUGCCGUUUCAAAAGAUCUACAAACUGUCAUGCUAACCCGGUUCUUUACUGGGUUUUUCGCCUCGGCGCCCGUCACCAACACUGGUGGAGUGCUGAGUGAUAUUUGGUCGGCUGAGCAACGUGGAGCGGCGAUUGUUGGGUAUGCCAUGGCUGUUGUUGGUGGUCCUGUCAUUGGUCCUAUUGCUGGUGGCGCUAUCUGCCAGAGUUCCCUGGGCUGGCGAUGGACGCAAUAUAUCACUGGUAUUAUGAUGAUGCUUUUCCUCGUAAUGGAUCUCCUAUUCGUUGAUGAAAGUUAUCCGCCCGUACUGCUGCUAUAUAAGGCCCGUCGGUUACGUUUUGAGAGCGGAAACUGGGCCCUUCAUGCUCGCCACGAAGAAUGGGAUGUCACAUUCAAAGAGCUCGGCAACAAAUACCUAAUCCGCCCCUUCGCGCUUCUUGCAACACCAAUCUGCUUUCUAGUGGCUUUAUACGCCUCAUUCGUCUAUGGAAUCCUCUACUUAAGCCUUGCAGCCUUCCCGAUUGUUUUCCAAGAAAUCCGUGGGUGGAACCAAGUUGUUGGCGCUUUACCAUUCCUUGCCUACCUAGUUGGUAUCCUUAUUGGUGCGUGUGUCAAUCUCGCAAAUCAACGCUUUUAUAUCAGUCGUUUCAAGGCCAACAACAAUCGGCCUGUACCCGAGGCUCGUCUGCCUCCUAUGAUGGUUGGAUCCGUCAUGUUUGCCGCCGGCAUGUUUGUAUUCGGCUGGACAAGCCCAAAGCAUAUACACUGGAUUGCACCAAUCAUCGGGGCUGUCAUGAUGGGCUUUGGUUUCUUUACCAUCUUCCAGGCUGCUUUGAAUUAUCUUGUGGAUACUUUUCAGAAGACUUCUGCCAGUGCGAUUGCAGCGAACACCUUCUUGCGAUCGAUGUUUGCGGGUGCAUUCCCACUCUUCACGAACGCUAUGUUUCAUAACCUCGGUGUGCCGUGGGCUGCUAGCAUUUUAGGCUUUGUUUCUGUGGCUCUGAUACCGAUUCCAUAUCUGUUCUUUACUUAUGGAAAGCGGAUUCGGGCGCGUGGAAAAUGGUCUGCUGGGUCUGUUUAG